UUAUGUGAUUUAUACGUACUGUAUUACAUACUGCAGUCUGCAGUCUGCGGGGUUUGUUGUAUUAUUGUAUCUGUCACCUUAUAUCUUCCCUUUAUCGUGUAUCUUAAGUUCUUAAACCUGCAUUUUUUUUACGCUGUAUCUUAAAGCUGUUACCAUAUCUUUACCCUUUACCGUGUGUAUCUUGUAUGUUAUAUAGUGUGGCGUGCCUGGCAUGUUGUGGACUUGCGGACCUGUGGCUAUGCAUGCAGCAUGUCUGCAUCCACAGAGCCCAGGGAGUCGGGGCGGUAGAGUUAGACGGUGGGAUAUAUUACAUAGCUAAUACAGAAUUCCAGAUAUCCUUAGAGGUUAGUACCUUACUGCACGGCGGGUUGGCAUGUUCAGCCUUACAGUUUUCUCAUGCUCGUUGCUCGUGCUCAUGCUCAUGCUCAUGCUCGUCGCGGCUGGUUCUCACGUGUAUUGGAAUUAUGGACGUAUGGAUGUAUGGACCUCUGGACAGUGACCUAUAGUGUAUGGUAUACCAUAGCGAAACUAUAUACUACAGCCUGCAGCCUACAUUCUACAGUCUAGCUAUUAAUCUACUAAUACACUAUCUUGCAU